AUUUGGGAUUUUUCUCCGGUCCCGCGCCGCCGAGAUGGGAAAUGUUGCCUCUACCACCGACGCGCCGCCUUCACCAGUCGUUCCACCACCCGUCGGACACGUCAAAUUCCAUGACUCGACGGCGUUGUCGUCACCCACGGCAUCGUCGUCCGCGUCGUCCCCGUUGAAACGUCAUGAGAACCAAGAGUACGAGCCUGUAUUUCGUAUUUUGUCAAGCGACCAACGCGCGACUACUUUCGACGAACGAAUCCACUUGCGACGAAAGUCAAUUCCUUUGAAGCAUCACCCGAUCCCACAACUCGUGCGCGCGUCCACGUUUGAUCCACGCAUGCGAAGGAAUAACCAAGCUGUCGGUGAUGUCAUGUACAAGCGGUAUUUCAAUGUGGAAGAGACGCGUGACGUAUCCUUGAUGCUGAGUGCGAUUCCUGAGUUGGAUGCUCCCACCGAGGCAAUUGUUGUCAUCGACCCAUUUUCCACGGGCAUGGUCCUCGCAAGCGAAGUCAUGAUGCGCGACUACCUCUGUAUCGUUCUUUACAGCGAUACUCUCGAGGUCAUGCAACCCCUCAUCAAGCACAUUCCCCAAGGCAUGCACAAGCAAUUUGCUGCUGAAAUCUACCACAACGGAGCGGACCAUUCGAUGGCUGCACUCGACGCCACAAUUGCGCAUUUGCGCCACGUCGGGGUACCUAUUGUGGGUGUCCUACCAGGUGCAGAGACCGGCGUGAUGCUGGCCGAUCGCGUGUCGGACCGCAUGGGUUUGACGACAAAUGGUGCCGAUGGUACGGAAGCGCGCCGAAACAAGUACGCUAUGGGCGAGAAAAUUCGUCGCGCAGGACUACGUGCUGUCAAGCAGUGCAAUGCUACCACGUGGAAACAAAUUGUCGAUUUUGUAGAGAACGACUUGCGACCAAAUCCAUUUGAGGUCAUUGUGAAACCAGUGGAAAGCGCUGGGAGCGAUGACGUGUUUCUGUGCCGCAGCAUGGACGAAGUGAAAAAGGCCUUUGGGAACAUUCAGGGCAAAAUCAACCACUUGGGUCUUCAAAACCGCGCGACGCUUGUUCAGGAGUACCUGACAGGCACGGAGUAUGUUGUCGAUACAGUCAGCCGCGACGGCGAGCAUAAGGUGGUUGCCGUGUGGGAAUACGACAAGCGGGCAGUGAACGGCGCGCCGUUUGUGUAUUAUGGUGUCUUGCUACGAGAGGCGUCUGGGCCGACAAUACUCGCGAUCAUUGAGUACAUCUUUAAAGUUCUCGAUGCGCUCAACAUUCGACACGGUCCUGGUCACGCUGAAGUGAAAUUUGUCGGUGGCGAACCAUGCUUGGUUGAGAUUGGAUCCCGAUGCCAUGGAGGCGAAGGCACGUAUAUUCCAAUCGUUACACCGUGCAUUGGGUACAACCAAGUCGGAGCCACCCUCGACUCGUACUUUGACCCGGAUGCGUUUGACAAGCUGCCAAAAAUGCCUAGCAAGCUCAAACGGUACGGCUGCGAAGCCAUGCUUGUGAGCUAUGCCACGGGGGUCGUGAACAGCUUUCCAGCGUUUCCAGAGAUCCAAGCCAUGCCAAGUUAUGUGUCGCAGUCCUUUCACACCAAGGUUGGCGACGUCAUGCCAGUGACGAUCGACAUGUUUUCGACACCUGGAAGCGUCUUGCUUGUUCAUGCAGACAAAGCCGUCGUGGAGAAGGACUAUGCGCGACUGCGUGAGCUCGAGCACCAUGGGCUGUGGGACUUGAGCCCGCUUCCAAACACUGAGGCCAACCCAACAAAGAUGGUCGUGGUCGUGGAUCCGUUCUCGACUGGCGCUGUUGUGGCGCAGCGCGUGAUCUCGCGAGGGCUUUCCUGCAUUUGCUUGUACAGCAAUUUGCUGGAAAAUAUGGAGAGCGUGGCGAAUUUGGUUCCGGACGGCAUCGCCCUCGAGUUUGCCGCAACGGUCGAGCAUGCGGGGUCGAGUGUUCAAGACACGGUCGACUUGUUGAUGGCGGCGGCGACCGACUACUGCCAUGGAGGGUCGGUGGAGAUUGUUGCGAUCAUUCCUGGCGCGGAAACUGGCGUCCUGUUGGCGGAUGCAAUCUCAGAAGUGCUCGAGACGACUGGAAAUGACAUGAACUACACGGAAGCCCGACGCGACAAGUACUUGAUGGGCGAAGCGCUUCGCCAUGCAGGGAUUCGUGCCGUGAAGCAAGCCAAGUGCACUGAGUGGAGCCAAGUUGCAGCGUUCAUCAAGACGUUGCCUCAACCGCUCGAAGUCGUGCUCAAGCCCGUCAAUAGCGCCGGCACGGAAGAUGUGACGCUCUGUCUGUCGGAAGACGAGGCCCACAAAACAUUUGACGCGAUUCUUGGCAAGGUCAACGGUCUCGGGCUCACCAACACGUGCGUACUCGUUCAAGAAUUCCUCGACGGCGACGAGUAUGUCAUUGACACGGUCAGUUGUCGCGGCCACCACAAGGUGACGGCCAUUUGGAAAUACGACAAGCGACGAGUGAAUGAUGCCGCGUUUGUGUACUUCGGCCUGUCGGUCGUCCCCGCCGCCGACGACGUCGUGAAUGCGUUGAUCGACUACCAGUUCACUGUCCUCGAUGCGUUGGGGUUCCAGAAUGGUCCUGGCCACGGAGAGGUCAAGUUUUGCCGCGGCGCCCCCGUGCUGAUUGAAGUUGGCGCUCGAUGCCAUGGCGGCGAAGGCGCGUGGGUGCCGAUUGCUGACACGUGCGUCGGGUACAACCAAGUUGACGUCGCGGUCGACGUGUACGUGGGGCGACUCGAAGUGUUUGACCUCCUCCCCGAGCGACCGCUCAAGUUGCCCCAGUACGGGUGCGAAGUGAUGCUGGUGUCGUACCAAGACGGUGUGCUGCGCGGUCUUCCCGGCCUCGCCGAAAUUACCAAGAUGCCGUCGUUUUUGCGCAAAGAUUUGUUGGUCAAGGUUGGCGACUCGGUUCGACGCACGAUCGACAUGUUUACCACCCCCGGCAGCAUUUUGCUCAUCCACACGGACCCGGAUGUCCUCGACGCCGAUCGCCGCCGCAUCCGCGAGUUGGAGCACGACGGCCUGUUUGCGUUGGAGAGUAUUUAAUGUCGACCAAGAGAAUCGUGUUCGCGACAAGCGCGUGGAUCGAUGCUGCUGCUGCAUGUAGAAUAGUCAUAAAGAUUGCAUCUUCACGCUGUGCUGUCCA